GAAAUUUUACGGUGGUGGAGAGGACGGGAGGUGGAAAGAGCAUUUCCCAUUUUCCAAUCUUCCUAAAACCUCUUGUUCGUCCCGCGCAGUGUCUUCCCUCACCAGUCCCCACUCCGUCACCGUCACCGUCACAGUGAGUCCUCGUUCUCUCUCACACUCUCCUCGCUCAUUCUUUGCUUCAGUUUGUUCUCUCAUUAGCUUUCAUCUUCUUCCCUUUCCCUAAUUGAUAAUGGAUUUCAUACAUGUAGCUCACAACUUGUAUCAUAUUAUUCUUACCAUUGUAAAUCUUGGGCUUCAAUUACUAUGGUACUUUCUGCAAAUCAUUGUCAGCACAUGGUAUUACUUAUCAGCCGUGGGAAAUUUGUUUGAAAGCUAUUUCAUCUCUUAUGGAGUAUUGAAAAAAUACAAGUCUCUUCGUAUAGGAACGCUUCGGUACCUUGCCGUUGUCAUAGAGAGUGAAGAUGCUUAUCAAACUUCAAAGGUUGUUAAACUUUUGCAGUGGCUGGACUCAGUUGGUGUUAAAAAUGUAUGCCUCUAUGACAUGAAUGGAGUGUUGAAAAAGUCAAAGGCGGCCAUAUUUCAAGAAAUGAAGAAUGCAAAAUCCAUAGAGGAAGUUAAUGAAGCUGUGACACACCAUGUAUCAGAUCACAUGACCCUAGAAUUUGUUUCUUAUGUUGAUGGGAAGGAAGCAGUGGCCAAAGCAGCUAACUUGAUUUUUGUUGAGAAUUCGAAACGACAAAACAUAGGUGGAGAACUGGAUUGCCAGAUACUGUUAGAGUCUCACCUGAAUCAGGCGCUGCAUAUUGUUGGUUGCAAAGGCCCUGAACCUGACCUCUUACUGGUUUAUGGACCUGUCAGGAGCCAUCUUGGUUUUCCUGCAUGGAGAAUUCGGUAUACAGAGAUAGUGCAUAUGGGAUCACUGAACUUCAUGAGACACGGUUCCUUAAUUAAAGCCAUUUACAAUUUCACAAAAGUGCACCAAAAUUAUGGUACAUAGAAAAGGAAUGAAUCACAAGUAAAUUAACUGUGCAAGUCCAAAGAAUAGAAACAUACCUAGCUAAAACAUCUUGGUGGAAGGGUUUCUCGCUGGUAAUGUGUAAAUUGUAAACUUCAUUUUUUUUUAAAACGUGUAUGAUAGAGUUCAAGUGCACUUAAGAAAAAAGAGUGCCACAAGCUUAAGUACAACUUUUACAAACUUCAUACUUAUUUUACAAUGGUUUUAGAAAACGUGUCUUGUAAAUAUAUAAUUUAUUGUACA